AUGACACCCUCUCGAUCCACCUCCACCACCACCAAGGAUCCAGGCUGGCUCGACUUCCACCCAGCCCCAAGCAAGCCCUCCUUCCGCCUACCCCCCGGCGCCGUCGACGCCCACUGCCACGUCUUCGGCCCAGCCCACCUCUUCCCCUACGCCCCCGAGCGCAAGUACACGCCCUGCGACGCCUCGGCCUCCCAGCUCUCGGCCCUGCGCGACCACCUCGGCUUCUCGCGCAACGUCAUCGUCCAGGCCACGUGCCACGGCACCGACAACGCCGCCCUGGUGGACGCGCUGCGGUCGUCGGGCGGCCGGGCGAGGGGCGUCGCCUCCGUCAGGAGAGAGGUGAGCGACGAGGCGCUGGACGAGCUGCACGAGGCCGGGGUGCGCGGGGUGCGGUUCAACUUUGUGCGGCGGCUGGUGGGCGGUGGCGGUGGUGGUGGCUUCGGCAGCAAGCUGGACGAGGUGCGCGAGGUCGCCGCCAGGAUCCACAGGCUGGGCUGGCACGUCGUCGUGUACUUUGAGGCGGCGGACCUCCCUGCGCUCGAGCCCCUGCUGCGCUCGCUGCCGACGCCCGUCGUGGUCGACCACAUGGGCACGCCCGACGUGCGUGCUGCCGUCGACGGGCCUGCCUUUGCCAGGUUCAGACAGCUUGUGCGGGACGUGCCGCGUGUCUAUGUCAAGGUGACGUGUCCGGAGCGGCUGAGCUGGUCGGGCCCGCCUGCGCUGGGGGUGGAGAGGGCGGCCUAUCGGGAUGUGGUGCCCUUUGCGAGGGUGCUGGUCGAGGAGUUCCCCGACCGUGUGCUGUGGGGCACGGAUUGGCCGCAUCCGAACCUGAAGAAGCAUAUGCCGGAUGAUGGGCUGCUGGUGGACUUUAUUCCGAGUAUUGCGCUGCGAGAGGAGGUGCAGAAGAAGUUGCUGGUGGAUAACCCGGUUAGGUUGUACUGGCCUGAAGAUGUCUAA